AUGAAUAGCCUAAGCAGUAUGUCGACUAUAGCGACUGAGUCAUUCCUAAUGAACGUCAAGGAGGAGGCGAAUUGUAUUCUUGCCGAAAUUGUUAGGCUGGCUGCAUUUGUCUCCGAAGAUUUUACUGAUCCUUCCUCUUCAAAGUACAAAAUAAUGGUGCUAGACUUCAACUAUUUCACACGUCCUACUUACUACGAGAAGCAAAUAGAUGAGAACGAGGAGCUCCAGGACAGUUUCUAUAACACGUAUCGGGAGCUCUUAUCAAGGUUUUCCACUCUUUUUCAAACUAUAGCUAACUUUAUUUCAAGUUUGAAAGAAUACUGUGAUCAAGUUGGUAGCGAAAGAGUUGGAAUCUCCUAUUUGGAUAUAAUUGACAUUGAAAUCUUGUUCAAUAUAGGACUAGUUCUCUUGUACUUAGAAACAUACUUCCCUGGACCAGGCAUAAACGAUUUUGGAAAUGCCUUCGUUGACAGAAUUACACUGGUGAAAUGGACGUAUGUAUGCCUUUUGUUCAAACCGUCAACACUCAAAUCCGACUUCUCUAAGAUGCGUCAAGUCGUAGAGGACUUUUUUCGUGACGAAUGGGUGCUCCAACUCGGUUUGGGUUUGAACGUUAAUCUCCUCGAUUCAUGGUGCUCUUAUCGUGCUGCUCUAGCAGCUAUCACUAGUCAGGUGGAUCUUACUAAAGCCAAGGACAUGGCAGCUUAUCACUACAAUGCACUUUCCAAGCUAACUAUUCCACAAGGCAAAAUACUGCCCAACGACUUCGAUGCCCAAAUUCGCCUCAUUUUUCAGUACAACUCGUCUUUAAGAUGGCUGAUUUUACAUACAUCUAAAACAACCACCAAGAAAGCUUCCACGUAUGUACAAGCGAUCGAUAUCUAUCCACAAUUUGAAGCACAGUCUCUUGUACUCUUCUUGAGGGCUUCAAAUUUUGAAAUGGAGUUCUUUUCGGCAUAUAGAAAUUCUCUGCGAAACAAGGAAGAAAACAUCAAGAAAGUUACUUCCUCAACUUGUUCCAUUAUUUCCGAGAUGGCUCAGUUGUUUUCGCAAGAUUUUGGUUCUCUCAAUAAAGAAAAUAAGACAAAGUUACAUGAUUGGUUUAUGCUGAUGAAGAAAACAUUAGAGGACCUGGACCUUAACAGUAAAAGAAAUGCAGAGCUUGUUUGUCAAGUAAAAAGAAGGAUCGCUCAGGUUGGCGAAAUGCUCGAUCUGGGCGGAAAUCUCAGUGUUGCACAACAUUUGCAAAAGUUGCAACCGCAGUUGGAUAUUUUAUCCGCUUUGUACAAUGUGAGAGAAGAGGAAGAACGACGUGUGCGACGUUGCGCAGACCCAUCCUAUCUGUGGCCUAUCUUAGAUGAUUGGAUUCCACGUAUUCAAAAUAGGAUUUUGGAGUCAUCAGAUGUUCAUGCUGUUCGUGCCCUUUUCUUCAAACUUUCGCUUUCAAUCACAACUUUGUGCGAACAGUUCCAGGGUGAAGAACGAAAGACUUUGAUUGGACGAGCUUACUCCUUCCAUCUUGAGCGACGUCUGCGUUCUAUUUUGCAAACGAUUCCGCAUAGGCUUUUCUCUAUUCUGAAAACUACUAUUUCUCCUUCGCUGCAACGGCACUGGGAACCAACUUUGGAUAAGUCCGUGGCAAGAGAAAUGGCAGAUUUUGAAGAAAACUUUAGUCUUGCCGAUGCCACGCAUACCAUAUCAAAUCUUAGUCUGGGUGUAUCACGAAUGACUCUCAAAAAAGUAGGAUUGGUCAGCAUAAAUCCAAAGGAGCUUCUUGAAGAGGGUAUCCGUCGCGAGUUAGCACUAGAACUCCCGUCACUGUUAACAACAUUGGAAAAACCGUUCUCACUUGAAGAUGUGCUCAACAAUCUUUCGCGUAAUCUCCAGUCGUUCCACCGCGCGUUUAUUUAUAUGUGCGGACACGUGGAUGUCAAUGGACAUGAUAUGUGGAGGGAAGAAAUAAAUUUGAUCGUUCGUCAAAUGGCUAAUGAUCUAAAAAAGAAGAAAAUUUUCAGUUCGUUGCCAAGUCCGAAAGGUGGUACUCCUACAUCAGCUUUGUCCCAUGUUUUUAAUCUCUUGUUGAAGCACUCUGAUCCUUAUUUGAAUCGUUACCAGGAAAACAGCAUGACAUGGCGCGACGUGAAGACGAAAAAAGACGUGCUUUGUUCGAGAACUGUUGAUUUGAUCGAGAGCUGGAUUCCUUCCUCUGCCAUAAAUUCAUUGCGAUUAGUUUUUAAUCACAAUAUGGGGAUUUUGAUAGAUGAUUCGCUCAAGCAAAUUGGGUCCACUUUGACAACUAUUGGAGCAUUUUCUUUCAACGAUGCGUUCAUUCAUUCAUCUCAGUACGAGCAACUUCUUCGACAUCUUCAGGGAAACCAAAUGCUUGUCCCACUUAUUGCAAAAAUUGGUCAACACCUACUACUUCUCUCUUUGUUAUGUCAGUCAAAAAGGCAGCAUUGCCAACUUAACGCAGCGCCACUGUUUUCAUCAUUGACAGCUUGCGACAGAUAUUUGAUCGCACAUCCGGAUUCAGUGCCAGCCGAUGUGGGCCCUAUUGUCAAUUUGUUACGAGAUUGUGGAUUGUGUACUCCUACACUUACUUUAUAUAAAACAAGUGUUAUUGCCUCUCCAAAUGCAGCUCUAUGUUUGGUCCUAGUCCUAUACAUCACAAUGCAUAGACUCAAUGGUUCUCGUCGUGAUGCUCUAUGUGGUCGUACCUUCACAGCAGGCUUGUUUUUCUUACUUCAUCAAAUCAAUAAAGUGGAGCAAUUUGGAAAAUUGGCCGAGCGGUUUGCUGAUCUUCUGACCGUGUCGAAAGGCAACAACGACAAGCAGUUGCUUCUUUCACAUGUUACAAAUGUGAUCACGUUCUCGUAA